AUGGUGGUAGACUCUGGCAAGGCUCUCAAAAUUAAACACAGAACCUUGAUGCUUAGAAAAGAUGAUCUGAAGUUGAUUAUUGAACAAAUUGUAGACUUCGAGUCUUUUAGGGUUAAUGGGUUUUCAUUAAAAGCGUCUUUUGAAGUUCAGGGGUGGAUCAACUACUUUAAGAUGUUGAAUGGUCCUACCUCUCCUUACUUGGUUAAGGAUUUAUGGGUUAAGGAUGGAGUGUAUGAUGAAUGUUCUGUUGCUCUUGAUAAUGGAAAGCUCAAGGGGAAGUCAAGGGCUGAGAUGGGUCUGGAGGAAUUCAAGGAGGUGGAAAUAAGAUAUGUUGUUAUGGGAGUAAAUGUGACUAUCACUCAAAGUCACAUAUCCAAGCUUCUGAACAUGGAUAACACUAGUAGAUAUGCCUUAAACACCAAAGAUAGUAGCCUUGAAUCUAGUGUCAUCAAGAAACCAUUGUUUCUCAAAUCUGAAGACUUUGGGAAAGUGAAGAACACACAUAUUGAAUACAAACUCAUGUUCAAAAUAUUGUUUGAAUGCUUGAUUCUAAGAGAAUGA